CCCUAACCCCCUGUGAUGCCAACCACUCCAUAGCUGUACUGGACGGCAUGCCUGACGAGGCGGUAUAAUCUAAACGCAAAGCGGGAUAUUAUGGACCAGCCGAUGUGGUGACGGAGAUGCGACGGUGCAUGAAACAAAGACAGUCGCUCUCCACUGCGGGUAUGAACUAUGAUCGGCGAUAAACGGUCACAGGAACACACAGAGAGAAAUCUGACUCAACAUAAUCCGCUGUGGACAUCGGGGGGGUAGAUGAGGACCAUGAUGGCUUCGAUGAAAACAGCAUUAUUCGUUUUUCUACACUGGGUGCUCCAGUAUGCUGUGUGUCGCGACGUAACUCUUCCGAAAGGACCCCUCUACCGGGUGGCAGGGUUCUCCCUCUCCCUGCCUUGUGCUGUAUCAGGAUAUGAAGGCCCACGUACGCAGGACUUUGAGUGGUUCUUGUACAGGGAUAAUGCCGCUGGGAGGCAGAUGGGAGUGGUGUCCACCAGGGACAAGGGUUUCCCCUAUGCUCCGUUCCAAGCCCGGGUGAGGAACGGGGAGGUGAGGAUAGAGAGGGACUCUGGGGACAUGGUCCGAUUGGCGAUCCAGAGACUCCGGGCAGAAGAUCAGGGUAAUUACGAGUGCUACACACCCAGCACGGAUAGCACCUACCAGGGGAACUACAGCGCCACUGUAACUGUAAAAGUGAUCCCUGACACACUCCAGAUCAGCUACUCCCGCUCACUCACUGGCCAGCCGAUGCCGGAAGGGGCUGAAUUAACACUGACAUGCUCAGCCAGCAUCCAGUCUGAGCAGCUCACCCAUCUGUCCAUCACGUUUGGGAAGCGUAACGGUGGAGAGGGUUCGGGGAUCGGAGCUGGAGGAGAGGUCAGCACCGUUAGAGAGAUUAUCUCCAUCGACAACAUGCUGGGGAUCGUCCCCGGACGUUCAUACAAGAAGCGAUACGAUGAUGGAGAGAUCACGCUGGAGAAGAGGAACGGGGAGGGCGGGCAGGGCGUGUACGUGAUGAAGAUGAGAGCGGUACAGCCAGAUGACACCGGCUCGUAUUUCUGUGAGGCCUCGCAGUGGAUUCUGGACCCUGAUCGAUCGUGGCAGAAGAUUGCACAGAGGACGCUGGAUGUUGGCAACUUGACCGUUCAGCAACUAGCGGAGUCUCUGAGUGUAACUUCCUCGCCCAGAGGGGAGGUGACCCUGCAGAUUGGUUCGCCUCUCAUCUUGACCUGUGAGGUGUUAGGGCUGCCUCCUGAAGUAAACUCGGGCCUGCUGGUUCAGUGGAUGAAGAGGGGAUCUGUGAGCAGCGCCCUAGUUGGUACCGGGGGAGUUGAGGUGGAGGUGGCCCGGAUGAGCCCUGAUGGUGUUGUGAGCUGGGGGGACGACCUCAGCAGAGCUAGUGGCGGCUCUAUGGAGAAAGUGGCGGAUGGGAGGUACACUCUGAAGCUGUUCUCGGCCCGGCCCUCUGACACAGGGGUGUAUCGGUGUGUGGUGAGCGUGUACGCUGGAAGGAGAAACCCCAGCCCGUCUACGCCAGCAACUCUCACCCAGAGGUCUGAGGGAGUCACCGUCAACCUGAAGACCAAAGAUGUGCUGGUCUCAGCUGUGGCUCAGCUCCCUCGAGGGCCCCUGUUAAAAAGAGGCAGCACCAUCACCCUCAUCUGCAACGCCACCGUGACAACUACAGGUCCCGCCGAAGCUCAGGUGCUGUGGCUGCGGUGGCCAAUCCCUGAACCAGUUAUCAAUAAGGGAGCGAGUUCAGCAUCUGAUGUUGCUCCGCCAGUCCCCACUGUUGUAGAAAAACCCAGACGGAUAGCUGCUCUCAGGUACGAUGGUGUUGCAAUCAUCUACGCCAACGGCAGCGAGGUUAGCAUUGACCGCCUGUCAGCUGUCAGCUACCGACUGAGGGUCCACGCGGCGACAAUGGAUGAUCAGGGCAUGUAUGCCUGUCAUGCCGAAGCGUGGGGCAAAGACCCGCAUGGCGGCUGGUACAACACAGGGGUCAAAGCAGAGUCAAAUGCAGUGACCGUUUACCUGUACGCCAGAGCUGCUGACCUCCUCCUCAUCCCUUUGGUUGUCGGAGUCUCCUCUGCCUUGUUCGUGGGCAUCGUCAUCAUCGCAGCAGUAACCUGUUGCUUUAUGAGGCGCCUGGCAAGGCAGCGUGCUCGGAAAUAGGUGUCCACUGUCUGUCCUACUGUCUGAAAUCUGACUGGUCAUGAAGAGGUACAAGGAGGCGAUGCAUGGGACUUAAUGGAUGAAAUGGCCAAGAAAGAACUUCAAGGAGAAAAUGAAGUGAAAAAUAAGUUUUUGUCACUUUGUUAGCUGAUUUUCUGUGUUCUGGCCUACCUGUUUAACAACCAAUGCCAAAAGAUUCUGUUUUUGUAUUAUCUUGUAUUUUUAUAUCCAAACCUUUCGCUGAAAAACAAUUUAUUUUAUGAUUUCUGCAUCACACGCCAGUAGGUGUAUUAUCCUAGAUUUUUGGGGCCUCCACUUCAGCCACAACUCUCCAUUCCUCAAGUGGGCUGAGACUUAAAAUUUUUUGACACCUGUUUACAUGUUACUCUAACCCACCUUUUUAAAGAUCCCUUUGUCCCAGCUUAUAUUUCUGUUUUAACUGAAUAAAGGUCAGAAUACAAAGGCAAGAUUUUUGUGACAGAGUCAAAAGUAAAUAAGGUACUGCAGGUAUUUUUUUACUUUUUAUUUUUGUUACAGAAUGAUGUUACCAAAUGUUACUCAGCCCGUCAUAUAAUGGUACUAGUUUCAUACGAAACAAAGAACUUUCUGUUUUCGCAGAUUGUUUGUUACUGCUCCAGUUGUUCCUCCUUGAAACUGCAUGUUUUCGUUUUAAUACAGAAACCAACAAUGUCGAAAUGUAUGCUCAUUGCAUUAUGCUCUAAAACUGCCACUGACGGUCACACGAAUGCUAAUGGGGGCAGCCUCCAGAAACUUAAUAUGAACGGGGACCUUCCACUGCCUGCAGUCCAGCAUCAUUCUGCAUGUAAACAAAGUCUCUGUUACUUAAUAAGGAAAGCGCUGGCUGGGUACUUUCUGAAGCCAAGACCAAUUGAGUACCAAUUCUAAACACAAGCAUUCCUCGCCUGUGACGCUUCACGCUGUAGUGAGCUUUCUAUACGGACUUGUAUAGAUUUGACAAAGAGAAAUGGAAGAGAUAUCCAUUAUGCACUGACUAAAAUAUGUAAAUACUCUAUGGAGUUUAGCUGUUUUUAUUUUUCUUAAUGUAAGUAAGACUAUGCUGUAGCGCCAUGUUUGUCUUUGACAAAGCACCUGUGUUUAACAUUCUGCAGCAGUCUGCUCUGCUCUUUUGAAGCACUUGGAAAAAAAAUGGGACUGGGACCAAAGCCCCUUAGUAUUCUUCACUUACUUGAUUUUCUUCCAGCUUAAAAGUCUUUGCUGUACUUGAGUGCAUACUUUUGAGUGUCCUUUUUAUUUUUAUUUUUAUUUUUGUUUGUUUUUUUGUGCAAAUAAAUGGUUCCUCUGCUCUUGUCAAGUGACUGAGAUAGAAAAACUGUACUGUGAAAAAGAAUUCCCUGUGUGUUACACUGAGUGACAAGAAAAUGCUUGUGUUUCAUGCUGUUUGGGAUACUUGUCCCUGAGGUCAAAAUUCCCUCAGCACUGCAGUCAUAUGACUAGAUAGUUUAGUGGAGUCUCACUAUAGUCGUCAUCAUAGUUAUCAUGUGGUUCAGGCCACACAUUUCUACUGCCAAGACCUAUUAUGUCUACAGCCCCCGCUGCUAGCCCGCAGAAAUCUGUUGGACAGAUUUACUAUGUCUGCGUACUUAAAAUGAGUGAAAUCCAUCCUCCUCUUCCUGUCGAAAGUAACACUUAAGAAAAGCUUGGUCAUGCAAGCGUGGCCGCAUUGUGUGAUUUAAGGUUAGAUACAUGUUCGUGGAACGGAGGAGGAAAGUAAAAUUUGUUGUUAUCAAGCACAUGGCUCUCUCAUUGAAAUUAUCUAAGGCCCUUUUUUUUCCUUUUGGCUUUUCUAAAUUUGCUUGCACUGAGCUAUACUUUACUGUCUCAGUGUCUCUUGACUGUCUGUCUGUCUUUGUCUCCUGGUUGGUUUUCGAUGUGAGAGUCCCUGUAAAUCUGCCCUGUCCUCCCGAACCUGCGCUCCCUAAACCCUGAUUAUAAAUGUUGUUCACGAACAUUAGGGAAUAAAAUCACAGCUCUGCUCGCUUCCUGAGCCACUUUGUUCCAGAUCAACUACUCAAAGCUGAUUUGUUCCCCAACAUACCCACCCACUACAUGAUUACACACUUGCACACAUACACACACACACACGUGCACACAGCAGCAGCAGCAGCAGGACAGUGCUGGCUGGCUGGCAUUUCAGAUGGAAGUGAGUGAGUAUCUGCGUGUUCUUCUCUUAAUCCCUGUUUAUGGCUGCAGUGUCCUGCUGCCCUUCCCCCCCUCUCCCAGUGUAUGUUUCAGUGCAGUGUGGCUCAGUUCCCUGAAAAUUACAGUCAGCUGUAAGAAGUGUAGUGCAUAGCAUGCAAAGUGUGAAAACUGUCUAAGUUGUGCUUUUGUUUAAAGAUGUAUUAAUCCCUUUAAUGAAGGUGUUAUGUUUUGUUUGGAUUGUUUACUCAUGCUUUAAUACCGCUGCUCCUGAAUGCAUCGUGCUGCCAUUGAAAUGUAUAAAGGCGGGUUAUCGCUCAGUUUGUUUCUUAUGGUGCUUUGGCAAACUUGCCAGCUGAUAAAACCAAUAAACCACUCUGGA